CCCGUCUUUUGUUCCUUUCCUCUUUCUCCCAACCUUCCCUCCUCUCCACGUUCUUAACAUUCCAUUCUCUCCCUCGUGCACGCCCAGUAAUCACAAACGCACGCCAACAAUAAUAACCCUUUACCUCUUCAAAUUCCCUUACUCCACAUAUCACAAUGCGUUUCUUCGCUGUCAUCGCUCUCCUCGCCUCUGUCGCUGUCGCCAGACCGGCUGAGAAUGGCGCCCUGAGCGCCCUCAACGUCCAGGUUAUGUGCCUUGGACGCGACGACGGCCUUUGCGUUGGCGGUAACAUCACGGCCGCCGGAAACAGCUGCUGCCCUCCUCUCGUCUGCGGUUCUGACCGGUCUGCCACGUUGACCAUCAAGGAAUACUCUAUAAGCUGUGAAGAUACAUAA